GUACGUCAUCAGUGGUGAAAAACUCCACCUUCUUCACAAUCUAUCUAAACGGCAUCUAGAGUGCACCGAACCAGGAAACCACAUAUUAAACUAACAUAUCUGGAGAGUUUUUUAAUCGAUUUGACCCUGAAAGGUGUGUGUGUCUUCAACAGUGUCGUUCUGCCCUGAAUGACAGAGGAAGGACAGACAGGAGAGUUCGUGUUGGCUGUUGUUGAGCCAUUUGCAAAAAGUGUAGAAGCUAAAGGCACAUAACAAUUCCAUUGACACAAAAAUAACCCUACUUUUUUUAGUCUAUCCAUAUAACUUUUUAUAUAACAAUGUCAUGUUGGGGAAUGUUUAUACGGAGACGAUACCAGUUCUCCUCUAUGUUAAAACUGCAUCAACUCAACAUCCAACCAAUGUGUCAUCGGAGAGGAUUCCAUAAAACUACUGCUGUCAAGACAUAUGAUGUGAGAAAAGUGGAGUUAACGCCACUGGAGCAGAGGAAACUCACGUUUGACUCGCAUGCGCUCGUGAAAGAGCUGGAAUCCAGCGGUUUUGAGAAGAGGCAGGCAGAAGUGAUUGUCUCGGCAUUGGUGACACUUACUACAGCCAAUAUGGACAUUGUAUACAGAGACAUGGUCACUGGAGCCCAUCAGGAAAUAGCUCUACAACAAAUCAUGGCUCAUCUAGAUGCUAUCAGGAAAGACAUGGUUAUCCUGGAGAAGAGUGAAUUUGCCAACUUGCGUUCAGAAAAUGCAAAAAUGAAAACAGAGCUGGAGCAAAUAAAGAAUAGACUACUGGAAGAAAGUCAAAAAAUCAGAGCAGAUGCAAAGUUAGACAUUAAUCUGGAGCGAAGUAGAGUUACAGACAUGUUUACAGAACAAGAGAAGAAACUUAUGGAGGUUAAAACAGAGUUCCAAAAAAUGAAUGCAGAUAUAGAAUGUGAAGCAGUGGAAACUUCAAAGAAAAUCGAUAUACAAGUAGCCUCUUUGAAAACCCUCCUGGAAUCACUCAAGCUGGAGACCGUUAGAUAUCUUGCAGCAUGCAUCUUCACCUGCUUGGCAAUUGCCUUGGGAUUCUAUCGUUUCUGGAAAUGAGUCACACAAAACUGGGAGAGAUUUAAAGUUCUGCUGUUUGUUUUAAUCAUGCUAAUGUAUAUAUAUUUUAUUAUAUUUUUACGUUUAAAUAUUACUUGUUUUUCAUGUGAGCAUCAUAAAUGUGUUUUUUAUUAUUUCUUUAGACCAGAGGUGCCUAAAAUUUUUACUAUGAAGGGCCAAAGAUCAAAUUCGAUUAAUGGCCAUGGGCCAGAAUUCAAUGCACAUGUAAUUCAAUUCAAAAAUCACCUCCACAUUUCAAUGCAUUUCAAUUAAAACAAAAAUAUAAAUUAGAAAUGAAGAUACUCUUCAGUGGCUUUCUUCUCUUCUUUAGACCAACGUGCAUUCACGCCAUGUUGGAAUUACCGGAAUUACAAGAUUCUGACUUGUAAAAAGUGUUCACAUUCUCGUAGAACUCGUAAUUACAACUUGAAAACUCUACAUUUUCUGAGCGCUCUUAUACCAUGUGACUGCUGCACCACCUGAACAGCUCAGAGUAGAAUGUGACUUGUUUAAUUACCACGUGUUGUGAACGCAGCACAAUACCUUUAGUAUGUUAUAUAAAUUCCAAUAAUUGCCUUUUUUUAUAUUGUCAAUAAAUGCUUAAGAUUUUGACAAUACACUUCUUUUACAAUAUUUUCAGUUUUUGAAAGAUAUCUCCCAACAUUAUUCUCUUUCAUGCAAGUACAGUUUAUACUGUUUUCAAAGAAAUUUCUUUAAAGUGUUAAAAGAUUUGAUGAGCAUGUUUGUAUGCAUGGACAGGCAAAUAUCAUCUAUGUAAAAAGAUUUUGGACAAUGCCACUUUUUUAAUUUGUAUAAUAACAUGUAUUUAAAGUCACCAUGUAAUUCUUGAAAAUGCUACAUUUUUAUGGAAUAUUAAGGCUUAUUAAACCUUACCCAGAAGCUGAAUCUGA